CGAAAAAUAUUUACCUGACUCCAUCAUCCUCUUGAAAAUCAAAAAUGGACAUACACAGGUGUAGAUUUGUGGACUAUACGCCGCAUAGUAUCACUGCCCUGGCAUUUUCUCAUUCCAGUGAUUCUUCAAAAGUGGCUCCCCAGGGAUUACGUCUUGCGGUGGGCAGGUCAAAUGGUGAUAUCGAAAUCUGGAAUCCCAGGUACAACUGGCUUCAUGAAAUGACGCUACCGGGUGCCCGCGGCCGUGCCAUAGAAGGUUUAGUAUGGUCUCACAUUGAAGGUGAGCUUCCAAGAUUAUAUUCUAUCGGUGGCUCGACCUACAUCACUGAGUGGGAUUUGACUACAGGAAGGCCAAAAGCCAACUUGAAUUGCAAUGCUGGCGUCAUCUGGUGCAUUGAUAGCAAUGCCUCCGGCACAAAGCUCGCUGUUGGUUGUGAUGAUGGUACCGUUGUCGUUGUCGAUGUUUCUGGUGGAAGCGGGGUGAUGGAAUAUGAAUUCAUAUGCCAAAGACAAGAUCAAAGAGUCUUGGGAAUGCAGUGGUAUGGAGAUGAUAUGUUGAUUGGCGGUUGUGCAGACGGAAAGGUUCGCUGUUGGGCCAUUAAAGGUGAAAACAAAGGUAAGAUAGUAUGUUCUAUGAAGGUUGACAAGCUGAAAACCGAAUCUACCUUAGUCUGGUCGAUCGUUGCGAUCCCAUCCCGUGGUCAGUUUGUCACGGGUGACUCUACCGGCUCCGUCAAGUUCUGGGAUGUGAACACUUUCUCCUUACUUCAAACUUUUUCUGCUCAUGAAGCAGAUGUCUUGUCUCUCGCAUGUGAUGCUAGUAGCGAGAGAGUGUUCUCCGCUGGCAUUGACAGAAAAAUCCAUCAGUUCUCUUUCCUUAACAACAAGUCAAGAAAAGACUCUAAAUGGAUUCAUAACUACAGCAGACUCUUGCACCUGAAUGAUGUCAGAACACUCGCGUUGUUUGAAAGCAAAGCUUACAACUUUUUGGUAUCUGGCGGUGUCGAGCGCUCGAUCAUUGUCCAAUCUGUUGAGAACUUUCAAAUUGGCCCCUAUAAAAAAAUAUUGAUGGAUCAGCAAAUUUCGAAUAUCUCUCUCAACUCCUCGUCAAAAUUGGUUGCCUUGUUUCAGGAUCAAAGUGUUAAGAUUUGGCGUCUUGCUGAUGACAAGCAUAAGCUAGUUGCAAAAGUCACUCUCUCUGAUGAGGAUAAUGUUACAUCGGUGAGUAUGGGUGAUUUUGCUGAGUCUGUGUCGAUUUUGGCAGUUGCAACUAUCAAUUCUGUGAAAGUCUUUACAAUGACGGAAGCAGGACAAAAAUUACAAAUCAAGAAGUUAAGGGAUGCAAACUUUGAUGCAUUGAUCAGUGGCGCAAAGAAAGUCAUUGUUUACAACGUAAACCACAUUUUGAUACACACCCCUGAGGACGAAAUCUACACAUUCAUUGUGAAUGAUGACUCUUUAGAAUUGGAAGAUGAGGUGGAAUCUGUGACGCAAGAAGGCAACAGCUUGAGAGCUGGCUUUGACCACUUCAAUACGAUUCAUACUAUUGCCAUGAGUGAUGACAAUUCAAAAAUUGCUGUUGCAAGGUUCAAUAAUACUGUGGAGAUUCUACCACUCACUUCAAACGAGGAAGCACACACUUUGGCAACUCUUUCCAAUACGGUUAGCUUGAUUGCUUUUACUGGCAGGGACACUCUUGUUAUUCUCACAGAAGAAAAUAAACUUUUUGAAUUCAACAUUCUUAAAGGUGCUAAAAGUCUUUUGACUCCAUGGUGUCAAAGGAACAGUGAACUCAUUCCUUUGUCAUUCUUAAAGCUUGAAACUAAACCUGAGGGCAUUUUCGUUCAGGGCAGCAAGGUGUGGAUUUUCGGAAAUCAAUGGUUAGCUUUCUUUGACCUCAAUCUUAACUUGGAAGUAAACAAGAGUUACGUUGCGAAUUCCAAAAAGAGAAAUAAGGAUGGUUUGAGUAUUCGUGAAGCUGAAGAAUUUGACAACAAGUCUAAUUCAAACAACUUUUUCGAUCGAGAGUUGACCGCUGCGCUGGUUAGGCGUGCUGAAGAAGACGACGAAGAGUUCGGGGAAGAAGCUAAGCAGAAAAAAUCGUAUUGGAUCACGCAGAAAUACAGACCUGUACUUAAAGUGGACAGGUGGAGUGACAGUGAUAUAAUCGUCAUCGAGAGAGAAGCAUUUGCAUUGCCCACUACAUCGGCAUUCGAGGCGCCACACUUAAAGAUCUGAUGCACCUUAGAUAAAUUGCAUAAUAGGAUUGGGAAGUCUUUAAAGUACAAAAUAAAACAAAGUCGCAAUCACUUACUGUAACAGUGGGCAGAUUCUGGCGCCCUGAUAAAAGACUCUUGCUGCAGACCCUAGCCCCAUCAAACACUUUUGGGGUUUGUCGCCAUCUUUGUCAUCACCUCUCAUACCGUGUCCCUUCUUGCCCCCAAACUGUCUUUUGUAAUCUCUCUCGUAUAUUUCCUUGAAAGUACGAUGUGGCUCGAAAGACUGAAUGUACAAUCCAUCCUUUAGGUCCUUCAGAUAUUUGUAGAACAUUUUCAAGUGGCGUUCAACCUCAAGGGUAAUUUUCUGCAGUAAAUCCUCUGGAACAUCUGACCCAACAUACAAUAAGUAGUCUGCUAAUCCUUCAAUUAAGAG